UGUAGAGGGAGAGAAUUGUAACGUCUGCCACUAAAAGUCGUGCAGUACGGAAAAGCAAUAUACAUUGAACUUCAACAACAUGCUUGGUAAAAUGGAAGUGUAAAUGGGAUACCCGUGCUUUGAUGAAAGCCCGCAUUGAUGCAAAUUACAGAACAGCGGUGUUCUAUAAAAAUCCAAGAUGGCGAAACAUCCGAAAGCAAAACACAAGAAGAACACAAAGUCGAAAUCAAAGUCCAAGGUGAAAAAACUAGUGUCUGUCAACGCAAAAAGUUUAUCUAGAGCUCAGAAAAGACACCUUAGAGACUUUGGAGAGCUGCACCCUGCAAAUCUAAGCGAUGCAAGUGAGCCAAAGACAAAGAGGGUCAAGAAAGUCAAAGACACAGAGGUUGAUGCAAGCAAUAAGGGUGAUGUUGAUCAAUCAGUGGUUGGGGUAGAGGAUGAUUUCUCAGAUGAUGAUGUCAGCCCUUACCAGCAGCUUGUGGGCUCACUUCACACACAAAGCUUUGGUAGACAUGAUGAUGAUGAUGAUGACAAUGUCGAUGAUGAUGAUGAUGAUGGGAAGGAGGAGGAUUCUGAUCAAAAUGAAGAACUUGAAGAACAAGGGGCAUACAGACCAUCCAUGGUUGAUUUGGAUGGUGAAGUGGCCAAGACACAAAGACACAAGCAUAAUGAUAACAGCAAAGACAAUGGGAAAAUAGUUUCUGAUGAUGACAAUGGAAAUGAUGAUGAUGAAGAUAGCAAUGAUGAGGAUGAGAAUGGAAUAGUUGAUCAUGAAAGGAACAUUAUGCCUCAUAGCGAUGAGGGAAUCCCAGAUGAAGACUACAGACUGCAGGAUGAUGAUGAUGAUGAUGAUGAUGAUGAUGCCGAUGAUGAUGUUAAUGAUAAACGACAUGACAAUAAACAAACAAGACAUCCCGAUCCAUUUUCAGUUCACUAUGAACAAGACUUAGAUGAUGUUAUUCAGGCCAAAUUAGAUAGCAAGGACGCCUUUGAACGAGUUACACUAAUGGAUGGAGAAGUGGGCAAAAUGAUGAUUUGUAAACCAGUGCUUGAAGUGCCAUUAGUAGAGGUUCCAAAGAUGAAAAACUUAUCACUGAGCCAUCACAAGGUAAAGGCAAAGCUCAUUAAAACUUGGGAUAAUCUCUACAAUGCGUCAGGAAAAGCAUCCCUAUCUGCUUUGCAAAGCAAUCUCUUCAAUUACAUCAAUAGUUAUCAGGACCUGUUUUACCAUCAUCGCACAUUUGAAAAUGCUGAGGAAAUACGGAGAUUGUACUGCCUUCAUGCCGUCAAUCACAUCCUUAAGACACGGUCCCGGGUUCUAAAGAGCAAUGCUAAAAUUGUACAAGCUCAGAAGGAGGAGCGCAAACCAGAGGAGUAUAGAGACCAAGGACUUACCAGACCCAAGGUGCUGAUUCUUGUGCCAUUCAGAGACGCUGCACUUCGCGUGGUGGAGCUCAUUAUCAAACUUUUGCUGCCAGAUGGGGAGGGCCAGGUUAUGAAUAAAAAGAGAUUCUAUGAUGAGUACACGGAGGAGGAAGAUCAUAAAGACACCAAGCGCUCUCACCAGCCCGACGACUUCAAGUUCAUGUUCGCAGGAAACAUAGAUGAUUGUUUCCGUGUUGGUGUGUCUGUCAUGAGAAAGGCGGUGAAGCUGUACAGUGAGUUCUAUUCAAGCGACAUCAUCAUUGCUUCUCCUCUCGGCCUUCGAACAAUUAUUGGAAGUGAAGGGGACAAGUCACGUGAUUUUGACUUCUUGUCGUCACUCGAGGUGGUGGUGCUGGACCAGGCAGAUGUUUUUCUCAUGCAGAACUGGGAACAUGUCCAGCACGUGUUCGACCAUCUCCAUCUCCAGCCUAAGGCUGCACAUGAUGUUGACUUCUCGCGUGUCAGGAAUUGGUGCCUGAACGGAUGGUCCAAGUAUUACCGACAAACGCUAGUGAUCAGCAGUUUUCCCUCACCUGAAUUGAACUCAUUAUUCAACUCAUACUGUCACAACUUUGCUGGAAAGGGGAGAACGUGCCCGAAGGACGUCUCCGGCACCAUAUCUCAAGUCGUGACGCAAGUUCCACAGGUGUUCCAUCGGAUCACGUGUCAGUCUAUUGGCGAGUCGCCCGACACGAGGUUUAGCACCUUCAUCAACGAGAUCCUGCCAGACUUCCAGGGUCCAAUGAUGGGCCACACCGCCAUCUUUGUACCCUCUUAUUUUGACUUCGUCCGACUUAGGAAUCAUUUCCGCCGGAAUGAGAUACCAUUUGCUCAGAUAUCAGAGUACACAAAGCGUGGUGACGUCACUCGCGCCCGGACAAGGUUCUUCGAUGGCUCCAGGCCUUUUCUUCUCUACACGGAGCGCUUCUACUUUUUCUACAGAUACAGAUUACGAGGGAUCAAGAAUAUCAUAUUUUACGAGCUGCCUCACUACGCGCACUUUUACCCGGAAAUCCUGAAUUUCCUAGACACAGGCUCCAACAACCAAUCAGCCUCUAGCUCUCCGAUCACGUGUACUAUCUUGUAUACAAAGUACGACUCGCACAGACUGUCGGGAAUCGUGGGUCCGCAACGCUGCCAACAUAUGAUGUCUUCAAAGAAAUCUGUACACAUGUUUAUAACGGGAGACAAAACUAAUGACAAUAAUUGCAACGUCGAUGAUAAAACCGUCAUGUGAUCAGCGAUGCAUUAUGGGGGUGAUCAGCGAUGCAUUAUUGGGGUGAUCAGCGGUACAUCUUGGGAUAUUGUAAAAUCCACUAAAAGAUGCCUAGAGAAGGAACACAAUGAGGCAUAGUUUUACAUAGUAGAUUUGUCUAAGGAUUGUUGAACCAAUUAUAUACUUUAUUUAGAGAGGUUUUCAAAAUGUAAUUGUUUGAAAUAUUAUUUGUAAAAUUACAGGUGCGUCACACUGUAAGAAAAAAAAAAUAAAGUUUAUAAAUCACCUACACCUACCUA